AUGGAGAUGGAGAUGUUAGAUGGAGAAUGGAGAUGGAUGAGGAGGGAGAAUGGAGAUGGAGGAGGAGGCGUAAGAGGAGUGGGACUGGAGAUGUUGGAUGAGGAGUCUGCCAUGGAAGUAUUUAGGAAUAUGGAGAAAAGGGUGGUAGAUUUAGAGGAAGUUUCCAGUUUCCACCAAGGAACACCUGGGAUAGAGUUAGAAAACUAUUUUAAACAGUUGAAACAUAUAAUGGAAAAACAAAUUAAGAUUUGGUGGGAGGACACUAUGGCCUCCGUUGUUCAUAAUGUGGAAGGUGUUCUGGACAGAAUGGUCUCCUCCUAUUCAAAAGGUCUACAGGAGGUAGACUUACAGGAGUACUUCCUCAAGGUAAAGGAACUUGGAGAAGGAGGCUAUGGAAGAGUAUUAUCGGCAAACCACAGGAUAACAGGUCAAAAAAUGGCAUUGAAGAUCAUGGAUAAAAACAGAAUCAGCCAGAGGUCUUUCCUUCAGGAGUUCAGUGUUUCAUACUUACUUUCUUCUCAUCCCAACAUCAUCGGAUGUUAUGGCAUCGCCUUCACCACCAUCGAUUACUUUGUCUUCGUCCAAGAACUGGCCCCUGUUGGUGAUCUGUGCUCCAUGAUUUUACCACAUGUGGGAAUUUCAGAAGAUGCUGUUAAAAGGUGUGCUGUACAGAUCUCCAAUGCUCUCGAAUUCAUGUCAGAAAAGGGACUUGUUCAUAUGGAUUUGAAGCCAGAAAACAUUUUGGUGUUCGACAAGGACUGCCACUCCAUCAAGAUCACAGACUUUGGCCUUGCCAAGGUCAAAGGAACAGUGAUAACCUCCAGGUCUGGCAGCAAAUUCUACAUGGCCCCAGAAUUGCGUGACAUCACCAUCCCAGAUGGACUGGUUGUAGAUGGAAGCCUGGAUGUGUGGUCGUUUGGUUUCAUCAUCUACUGCCUACUCACAGGGGAGUUUCCAUGGACCGUAGCCACCCUUGAUGAUGAAGCAUUUAAACAUUUUGUUGACUGGCAAAACAAUUUUCAUAUAUACAAUCCUCCUGAAGCAUGGAGAAAGAUUCCCACUGGAAUACGAAGGAUGUUUAUCAAUCUUUUGGCCAUUGACUAUAUGAAGAGAAGUAAAGCUACAGAAAUCCUGAAAUAUAUGAGUGAAAUUUGGAAGGAAGACACCCCAGAUGUAGCCACAGGACAAGAAUAUGAGGAUCCAAUGGAAAGCAGUUCUGUAGUAUCUGAGGAAUCCAUGGCUUCCCGCUUGAACACCUCACAGGGUAGUGUUUCCAUCACAUCCUUGUCUUACUUUUUGACCACAGACUCUUGUGUAUCUCAGUCUGAGAUGACUCCAGAGCCACAGAAGGACAACAUGGAAGAGGCAGUAAUCAUAUUUGAUGAUGAAUUUUCCUUACAUGUUGGUGCAGAGGUUGACAUUGAAGGAGCAUGA